AUGGCAGACGAUUCACCAAGCCCAGAAGACCAAGGCGCGGCAGCUGCGACCACCGCGGCAGAAUCAAAAUCGGGGAAAAGGGAUGCCUUCGCCGAGCUCCUCGCCCCUAAACCCAAGCAUGCAAAGUACGCAAAAGACGGCCCUUCCAAAGAUUCAUCAAACAAGAGAGCCAUCGGUGGCCCGCGCGACGGCUUGGGCGCCUAUAUCGCAAAACCGGAAUCUUUCCCUUCCAGUGUCGUUGUAUAUCACAAUGAGACUUCGUCGCGAUUUACGACCUUUUCCCAAAAUCAACUCUCCAUCUACUUCUACUUCCGCGGGAUGCUUCCAAAACCCGUCUCCAUCCUUUCGAAGCCCGCGGCUGAGCUCAGACGGAGAUAUGGGAAAGGCUCCGCUCAAGAUAAAGAGAGGCAAGAGGCGCUUAGUGCAGAUCCUCCUCUGGAUGAACUGCCGCCGGGACGAAACUGGGAACAAGAGAUCAUGUGCGGAAUCCAUGCGCAUCCGUCUAUGAAUCAUCUACAUAUCCAUGUUAUCUCGGUGGACAGGUACAGCGACCGACUGAAACACAAGAAACAUUACAAUAGUUUUUCUACGCCGUUCUUCGUCCCUAUCGAUGAUUUCCCCCUGGCGCAAGACGAUGUUAGGCGACAUCCUGGUAGAGAGGGCUAUUUGCGACGAGAUUACACAUGCUGGCGUUGUGGGAGGGAAUUUGGGAACAAAUUUUCCGAGUUGAAGAUACAUUUAGAGAAGGAGUUCGACGAGUGGAAGCGCCUGUAA